AUGGCAGCCGCAGUGGAGUCGGUGCAGCUUAUUCUCCUUGUCAUCGCCGUCAGAUGGGCUGACGCACUUCACCAGGGGACCCCGGUGCAGCAGCAGAGUUACGGCUAUGUGGUGCAGAUCUACGGUCCAAAGUUCCUGGCCGCCGGAUCGCUGUUCAGUGCCCGUUACGUCCUAACGGUGGCUCACUGUUUCAAGAAGAAUACCAAGCCGGAGCAGCUGACAGUGCGCGCUGGAUACAAAUGGAUAGCCUGGGAGCACCGGGACAGACCAGUGGCGGGACUCGUGCGCCACCCAAAGUUCUCGCCCCAGACCCUGCGAAACGACAUUGCCGUGCUGAAGGUCAAGACGGCCAUUUUGCAUUCCCGCAAGAUCAAAUACAUCGGCCUCUGUUCGAAACCCUUGGUUCGCAACACGGCCGCACAGCCGCAGGAGGUUGCAGGCUGGAGCUUGAUGCAGAUCAACCAGCCCCUCAAAUCCAUCAGCGUCCAGGUGGAGGCCACUAAAAACUGUGAGAAAUGGUUUCCCCAGUUGUCAGGCGGCGUGACCUGUGUCGCCACCACGAAGGGCGAAGGCCUGUGCUAUGGGGACUCCGGGGAUCCCCUGAUCACCGGAGGCGAGGUCUGCGGCCUGGCAAUAGCCUUCCGAAGGUGCGGAGAUAAGCGGUAUCCCGCCCUCUUUACGGAUGUGCACUACCAUCGCGCCUUCAUUUCCCGAGCUGUGCUAACCUUGGACAAGGGAAAGCCUAAAAAGCCGCGGGGCUGAGUCGGGUGAACUAAUAUACUUCUACUUACAGUAACGCCAAAAAGAUCAUGUAAACCAUGCCCAAUUGCAGCUGAACAAAGUGUAUUUGUGGUUAAGGGACUCACCUGCAAGAGAACAGAAGAAAAAUUCAAAAAUUAAAUUAUAAGCGAGUAAAAGAAAAGGA